UGCGAUUGCAAGUGCGCGUUUAGGCUCUGUGAGGGGAAAACAAACACUUGUAUCACUUAUCGCGCGGUAUGAAUCACACUGAAAACACUGUUUGCUGUGUUUGACGGUGCCAAAAGUCGCGUUUCCGAUCGCUUACAUUCCGUGCGGUGCGUAGCCUUGAAGAACACAACUUCCGCCAACAUUUUGCGAUGGAUUUUGUCGCAAUAUUUGGUGGCAUUUUCGCGUUCUUCGUGAUCUGCGCGCUGGUCAGAUGGUGCUGCACGAGACGCUCGAGCCAGGGCAUGGUGAUUGCGACGCCCGUUGUCAUCACGUCCGAAACACACCGAGUGGCCACCGGUGUCCAGAAUCAGAUUCCCCCGGGAGUGGUGGUACAGGGCCACACGACCGGCACCGGAGUGUAUCCGGUGAUGCAGGUCGCCUACCCUACGCAGCAACCGUACCCCACGCAGCCGUACCCGGUUGUCCAGCAGUAUCCCGUGCAGUCGGUGCCCCCACAGGGACCACCGACGCAGUUCCCGGUCCUGCCCCAACAGACACACCCGGUUUAUCCGGGUGCAGCUCCCACGGCUCCCCACGCUGCCACCGGACCACCGAUGGCCAAUCCGCCGAGCUACGACCAAGUGAUGACCGAUGCGUACGCUCCUCAAGCACCCUACAACCCCGACUAUAAAGGCCAUUAGAAGGAAACCUAAAACUAACUCAAACCUAUCGGAAUCGGCCGAGGAGUGAUAACGAUGGAACGACGACGCUAACUUCCAGUGGUGUACCAGGGGCCCGGUACGAAUCGCGGGCCCAAAUCUGAAGAUAAUCGGAACGAGAAUGCGAUCAAUUAGGUUGGUAAGAAGCUCUAUUUAGCUGUUAUGGGUUAUUUUUCCCACGAACUGUAUAUGGCGCAUAGCGUAUUGCCAUGGAGUAAGAAUACUCGAAUAGAAAAGAAUUAGAACACCCGAGAGUUGUUCAUCAAAUAAAGUUCCCAUAUUUUGGAAAGU